UAUAUAUGCGUUACGGGCAUGGAUGUACAAUCAUAGAGAUCCGGAUACCGGUGAAGUGACGAGAGAAUAUCGGGCGGGGCUACGGGGUUUCUUACAACAGGCAACUAACCAACCAUUUGCAAGGGAAAAUGGUAAAAUAUUAUGUCCCUGUGUAAAAUGCAAGAACGAACCAUAUUUAGAAAUUGAUACUGUGAAGAAGCAUCUAUAUAAUAGAGGAUUUAGACCACAGUACUACAUAUGGUUUUUGCAUGGGGAAGGUGCAUCAAGUAGUAGUACGGGUCAGGGAUUUGAACUACCAAGUUAUAAUGCUAAUUAUUAUGAUCCUCGUGAGUCAAAUAUGUUUGGAAAUAAUGCGGGUGAUGGGUAUGAGCAAAAUAUGUUUGAAAAUAAUGCGGGGGAUAGGUAUGAGCAACAUGGAAAUAGAUAUCACAAUAUGGUUACAGAUGCAUUGCAUGAAGCUGCUAUUCCUGAUAGUAGUAGGGAAGAACCUAACAUAGACGCACAAAGGUUUUAUAAUAUGUUAGAUGCUGCCAAUGAACCUAUCUACGAAGGAUGUAGAGAAGGGCUUUCUAGAUUAUCACUAGCAUCUAGGAUGAUGACAAUUAAAAGUGAUCAUUCUCUAAAUGAGAAGUGCAUGGAUUCGUGGGCUCAACUCAUUAAUGAGUAUUUACCGGAAGGUAAUCUUGCUGCCGAUAAUUUUUAUGAAAUUCAGAAGCUAGUUGCGGGUCUUGGUCUACCAUCUGAAACAAUUGAUGUGUGCGUUGACAACUGCAUGAUUUUCUGGAAAGAUGAUGAAAAUCUGGAGGGAUGCCGAUUUUGUAAAAAGCCAAGAUAUCAAGAAACCACAGGAAGGAAUCGUGUGCCUUACAAACGUAUGUGGUACUUACCGAUCACAGAUAGAUUGAAGCGUUUAUAUCACUCAGAAAGGACAGCCGCGUGGAUGAGAUGGCAUGCCCAACAUUCGGUGAAAGAUGGCGAGAUUACACAUCCCUCAGAUGCUAAGGCAUGGAAACACUUUCAAACCGUAUAUCCCGACUUUGCGAGUGAGUGUAGAAACGUUUAUCUUGGUCUAUGCACGGAUGGAUUUAGUCCAUUUGGUAUGUCUGGAAGACAAUACUCUUUAUGGCCUGUCAUCUUGACGCCAUACAAUCUCCCUCCGGAUAUGUGCAUGCAAAGAGAAUUUUUGUUCUUGAGUAUUCUAGUGCCUGGUCCAAAACAUCCAAAGCGAGCACUUGAUGUAUUUUUGCAACCUUUGAUCCAUGAGCUGAAGCUGUUGUGGCAUUUUGGCGAGGAGACAUGGGAUUAUUCGCAGCAGCAGAACUUCAAUAUGCGUGCAGUGCUUAUGUGGACCAUAAGUGACUUCCCCGCAUAUGGAAUGUUAUCGGGGUGGACCACACAUGGAAGAUUAUCAUGUCCAUAUUGUAUGGAGAAGACAGAUGCUUUUCAGCUGAAAAAUGGGAGGAAGUCAUGUUGGUUUGAUUGUCACCGUAGGUUUCUUCCGCCGCAUCAUACAUAUCGUAAGAACAAGAAAUUGUUUAGGAAAAACAAGGUGGUCCAUGCUCCUCCCCCAAUAAUGCAAUCAGGAGCAUCUUUGUUAGAGGAAAUUGACUAUUAUGGUGCUAACGAGACAUGUAAAGUUGGGGGAAAUUGGCACAUUCCAGCUAACAUGCCAGACGGGUAUACGACAUCUCAUAAUUGGCAUAAGAAGAGCAUAUUUUGGCAACUUCCAUAUUGGAAAGAUCAUCUCUUAAGGCACAAUCUUGAUGUGAUGCACAUAGAGGAGAAUGUUUUUGAGAGUAUCAUGAACACUCUUUUGAAUGUGAAGGGAAAGAGUAAAGAUAAUUUGAAAUCGAGGUUAGAUUUGCCGGAUUUAUGUGCAAGACCAGAGCUGCAUGUGACAAGAGAAGGAAAAUUACCAGUUCCGGAUUUUAGAUUGUCUGGGGUGGCAAAGCAAAAGUUGUUCGAAUGGGUAAAUUCAGAUGUGAAAUUCCCAGAUGGUUAUGUGUCAAAAUUCUCGAGAUGCAUCGAGAAUGGACAAAAAAUUUCUGGUAUGAAGAGUCACGAUUGUCACGUUUUCAUGCAACGACUCCUACCAUUCGCAAUGACGGAGCUAUUACUAAAACACGUCCAUGAAGCAAUAGCGGGAAUUGGAGCAUUUUUCAGGGAUCUAUGCACCCGAACAUUAACAAAGGAUGGGAUCGAUUUGUUAGCCAAGAAUAUUCCUGUUUUGCUUUGCAAUCUGGAGAAAGUCUUCCCCCCAUCUCUAUUUGACGUUAUGGUACAUCUCAUGAUUCAUCUACCUCUUGAAGCGGCUCUUGGGGGUCCUGUACAAUUCCGAUGGAUGUAUGUAUUUGAAAGAUUCAUGGGAUUUCUCAAAAAGUUUGCCAAAAAUCUUGCCAGAGUCGAGGGUUCGAUAGUUGCAGGAAGUCUUACGGUGGAAACUUCACACUUCACAUCCUACUACUUUAGCCCAACCGUUAUAACGAAGAAGACCGCUCCUAGACGAUACGACGAUGGAGGAGUUGCACCUUCAUAUAUUACUUGGUGGCAAAAUGAAAGAAGUUUGGUGGGAAGAUCAUGA